AUAAAUGACAGAUUCGAGGGCGUUCCCACAAUCUCCAAAAGAGCCCCUCGUCCUGCUUCGGCACCGAGCACGUUUAACCUCUCCGUCGCCGAGAAGCGAAGCCCUAAGCGGAGUUGCCAAUUCCGCCGCUGACGCUUUCCUCCUGCUGUUCUGGUUUCAGUUCGCUCCGCGCUCGGGCUCCCCGACCGAUCUAUUUCUGAAUUUAUCCCGAUCGGCUUAUCUUCGGCAGCCUAGAGAUGACGGAAGAUACGAGUUCGAAAGAUACCGAGGCGUCCACUGUUCUCGGCAGGCAAAGGAAAAAGAGAAAGUGGGACCAGCCUGCUGAGCCACUGGUAGCUGCUGGAGUUUUAGUCCCAGGGGCACCAUGUACUUCAAAUGCUAUUCUGGGAUCCACUCUUCCUGGAGCUUUUCCAUUGUCUGCAUCUCUUUUUACAAUUCCAAUUCUCAUGUCUUCUGUUAAUCCCCUUGAAACGGUACAAUCACCUUUAGCAACACAAAAUGCUGCUACCAUUAUUCAAAACUUAAGUCAGACAAAGAUUCAAGAUGAGGUAAUAGCAAGGGAAAUUGUGAUAAAUGAUGCAGAACCAAGUAUAAGAUACAAGCUCACGAAACGUCAAACCCAAGACGAGGUGAACCUUUGUUCUUGUGCAAUUGUCAUAACUAGGGGCAAGUACCAUCCUCCAAAUGGAUUGGCAGGAUUGCCAGACAAUGAGAAACCAUUAUAUCUCCAUAUCUCUUCUGGGGCUAAUAUAAAAGACAUUGCUGAAAGUAUUAGAGCAGUUGAUCAUGCAGCGGUAAUGGUUGAGGAGAUCAUGCAACGUGGCCAAAUUCCUUUGGUAUCUUCUAAUCCUCUCCACUCAGUUUUGCUUAAUGGAGAGGGUACUCAAAUACUUAGUACAUCUCUGUUUCUGGGCUUUGAUGCUGAACCUUCAUUGCACAUUUCUGCUCGAAUACGUGGUCCAAAUGACCUCUAUAUCAAUCACAUUAUGAAUGAAACAGGAGCUACCGUCCUACUUAGAGGUCAAGGAUCUGAACAUCUUGAUAGUUCUCACACUGAAGAAGCUUUGCAACCCCUGCAUUUAUAUCUGUCAAGUUCUAAUGCAAAACGUCUUGAAGCUGCAAAGAUCUUAGCAGAAAACCUUUUGGAUACAGUUGCCAGGGAAUGUGGCACCUCAAGAAUUUCUUCAACUAAAGUUUAUGGUGUUGUUCCCCCACCACAGCAAUUGUUGGCGGGAACAGAAAGCUCAUUAAGAGUUGUAUCUGCUGGAAAUUAUAAUCAAAUACCUGUUAUUUCAUCCACUGCCACUGGAAUUGUGGCAGCAACACAAUCGUUUGUUGCUGGUGGAGUUGCAACUGCUUCAGGCACUGUUUUUCAAUCUGUAGAGCAGUUAAAAUAUGGAAAUUCCCGAAGCUUGGUUAGCUAUGCUCUUCCAGGGGUCACUAGUGUAACAUGCUAUAAUGGCUAUGAAGGAAUAUACCCCCAAGCCACACCAUCGCAGCAAGUUGCCUUAGCACUUAGACAAGCAUCAUCUUCAUCUACUGCUAUUUCAUCUACAAGUUCUUUGGUAAGCACAACUGAGAGGAAAUCAAGUUCAGUUGCUGAAGCAGAUACACAUCCUCUACAGAAACGUAAAUUUAAGGAAUUACCAGUUACUUCAAAAGGGUCAACUCCCCUUCAGUGUCUUAUUCUAAGACAUGCCAGUUUUCAUCAUCCCAAUCGCGGAUACAAUGGGAUGAUGGCGCCCAUCAAAGAAAAACUUAGAUAGCGGAUGCAAUGGGAUGCCCCCUCCCCCUCCAAGGACCAUGCCGCCUCUGCCUCUGAAGUUUUCAUCAUCUCAAUCGCUACCCAAGACUGACAAUGCAAAGGAGGUUUUGACAGAACCAAGUGCUGUGCAAGAAGCUUCAAAAAAUAUGCCUCGACCUCAGAAGUUUUUGAAAGCUUUGCUGCCCACAAAAGUUGACGGUGGGAAUGUGGAUACUAAGAAACCUGCGGUGCAGCAUCUAUCAGAUACGCUACUCAAGCUUGCAGAAUAUGGGGAUGAUGAUGAUGAUGAGGUUUCAGAUCCAAGUGUAGGGUUGCUAAAGAGCUCUCCAGUUGGGAAUUCAAUGGCAAAACCAUUUUGGGCUGUAUGAUUUUAAGGUGUACCUUGUGUGUUCUUGAAAUUUGCCGGUCCUCAUUGCCCGAGAUACAAAAUUAUCAGUGUGCAUGACAGCAGUGGAUGCUACCACCACAGCUACCUGCAAUGAACAAGACUGCUACUAAAGGAUGUCUUGCCACUUAGAGACCUCGAAGUAAUAAGCUGGAAUGAGCUUGCAUGCUUUGAUUAGCUUUGGUUGACCUCUUUGUUUUACCCCAUUUUAAUUUCUCUUUUCUUUUUCUUGCUUGGAAGAAGGGAAAUUUACUUCAUUGCCCUUUUUCUUUCUAUUUCGUUGCCUUUCCCCCCUUGAAUUCCUUUGCAGAAAUUGCCUAUAAGAUAGGCUUAUUAUUUCUCUGCCGUUGUUUGUUUGCCUUUGUGACAAACUCGGAUAUGGAAGUUUUUCUCUCAGGUACAUUGAAUGUUAAUUCAAUGUUUCUUAACA